CUUUGUACCUUGUACAGAAAAAAAUGGUUGGCCCAUCAUAUCUAAAACCUCUCCAAUUUCUUAACCAUCUCUCUGUGAAGACCCUUUCAUUCCCAGACCCAAAUUCCAUGAAAAUCAAAACUCUGAUUCACUCUCAUAUCUUCAGACAUUUUUGCAGACUUGUCUGUGCAGUAACCAAAGUCAAGUCCAAGCUCAUUCAACUGCUCAAGGAGAACAGACCUGACUACUACAUUGAAAGCAUCAAUAAGAGUAUAAAGAACAAGAAGAAGAUGAAGAAGCUGUUUGGUUCAAUUGAAGCACACUAUAGCUGGUGUUCUUCACAUGUAAGACCCAUGCCUAUGCCUGUGACUGAGCCUUCUAUGGAUGGGUUCAAUGCUAGUCAUGCCUACUAUGAUUCAACAUGGGACUCAGUUUGUGAAGAAGGAAUGGAGUCACAACUAUCAGGUUACCUCAAUUGGCUUGAAGAAAAGGUCCCUGAGAGUUCAGCAGUUGAUUUUGAGGUCGAUGAGAUUGAUCGACUCGCCGCCAAGUUUAUUGCGAAUUGUCAUGAGAAGUUUAGGUUAGAGAAGCAAGAGUCUUACAGGAGAUACCAGGAAAUGAUGGCUAGAAGCAUUUGACUGUGUGAGAGGGAAUACUCU